GAGAAGAUCAUAAGGCAUCGGGGGAUCAGGCUGUUUCAGCUGCUGCUUGCAGAAAGACUUUUAUUCCGGAACUGCAUCUAACAGAUAUCUGCUUUUAUUGUGUUUAUUACAUUACUAAGAGAAAAAAAUGCCACAAAAUGUGGUCCUGCCUGGACCUGCUCCAUGGGGAUUCAGGCUGACUGGGGGUAUAGAUUUUAAUCAGCCCCUACUCAUCUCUAGGAUCACACCGGGAAGUAAAUCUUCUUCCGCUAAUUUGUGCCCAGGUGAUGUGAUCCUUGCUAUUGAUGGAUACAGCACUGAUAACAUGACACAUGCAGAGGCACAGGACAGGAUUAAAGCUGCAACAGACCAGCUCUGCCUGAAGAUUGACAGAGCUGAAACUAGGAUGUGGUCUCCACAAGUAUGUGAAGAUGGCCAAACAAAUCCAUAUAAAAUAAACCUUGAAGCCGAACCACAGGAUUUGGGAUACUUUGAACACAAGCAUAAUAUGAGGCCUAAGCCUUUUAUACUUCCAGGCAGAAGCAGUGGAAGCAGCACCCCUUCGGGCUUUGACCCUGGCAGUGGACGCAGCACCCCUUCUACAGCGAGCACUGUUGGCACUAUAGAUCCCGGUGAGCUGAAAGCAGCCUCUAGAAUUGCACCUAACAUUCCCUUGGAAAUGGAGCUCCCUGGUGUGAAGAUUGUCCACGCUCAGUUCAAUACACCGAUGCAACUAUACUCUGAUGACAAUAUUAUCGAAAGCCUACAGGGGCAGGUUUCCACCAUAUUAGGGGAAAAGCCACAAAUGAGUGAUCCAAUACCAACGUCUGUGCCUCAGUCAGAUGUGUACAGGCUCCUUCAUGAUGACACAGAACAUGAAAAUAAACCGAGGCAGUCUGGCUCAUUCAAGGUGCUACAGGAUAUGGUUGAUGAUGACUCUGACCGCCCUGUAGGCACAAGAAGUGUUAGAGCUCCAGUCUCUAAGCCCAAUGCAGGAGCAGCAGCUGUGCAGAAGGUCCCCCUAUGUGACAGAUGUGGGAAUGGAAUAGUGGGCACUGUGGUGAAGGCUCGGGACAAGUUCCGUCACCCUGAAUGCUUUGUGUGCGCAGACUGCAACUUGAAUCUGAAACAGAAAGGUUACUUCUUUGUGGAGGGACAGCUGUAUUGUGAAGCCCAUGCGAGAGCACGCACGAGACCGCCAGAGGGAUAUGAUGCUGUCACUGUCUAUCCAAAGGCUUAAAUGCAGGCAACAUUAAACAUAAGACUGAAAGAUUUCAUAAAUGACAAAAGGGCUUUACAUAGAUACAAUGGCUUUUAGGGAGCAUAACAUUGAAAGAUUAAUCAGCAAUUUAAAAACUGAAAUUAAUUCACUGACACUUCCUAAAGCAAUUAAGGUUUGAAAACGAAUGGGAUUUUUUAAAGCUUACAGUAUAUCAAAUUAUCUGGCAACAUUCAGCAAGUGCUUUUAUAAAACGUUUUUUUUUCCCCACAGAUUAAAGCUUCAAUUACUGUACAUUUUUUAUGGCACGUAAAACCACGGCACAAUCACAACUAGAAAGAUAAUUUUGUGUAGUACACAUGCAGAAUGUGAUUCUCACAAUCCCAGCCUACUCUGAGAAGUUUUCGCUAAAUAGGGGAAUGUUAGUUACAAAAGAAAAAUGAGACACUGAAGCUUAGUUAUGAACACCAAUGCGCAAAUUGCUACCACCUAGAUUUUUGUAAAUGCAAUUUAUAAUUACUCAGAGUAAAGGGGGAUGUUUUUGUAAGUGCACAGUAACGCAUAGCAACUAGUCAUAUUUCUAAUAUAUAAUUUUCUAAUAAUAAUCUGUUUAUCAUCUUUGUCCAUAAAUGUCAUUUAAAAAAACUAUAAUUUACAUUAUCUUCUACGUCAUAUGCCAACACUUCAGCAUAUAUCUUGCAUUUCAAUUGGUUUAUCAAUGACAAAGUUGCUUGUAGAGCAUACUGCCUUAUAAUGCACUGUAUUUCUUCUCUGGUAUUAGUUCCACAGUCCACUUGUAUCCAUUAACCAAACAGCUGGAAAUAUCUAAAUGUUGACAUAUUUACUGCAAUCUGCAUUUUUCAGUUUAAUAAUAAUUCUGCACAAUGAUAACAAUAGCUGCAUUUUAGCAUGACUCAUAGUACAUGAUACAGAGCCUUUAGACUACAGUCUACUCCAUGCUUGAAAGUUUCUGCUGCUUUGUUAAGCUUUCAAACGUGAAGACUGAUACAUGACAUGUAAUUAUAGUGUUAUAGACUUUUUAGUUACACAGCAGGUAAUAUUGAAUGUGUCUUAUUUUGUUACAUAAUUAAAAAUAAAAUAUUUAAAUAAA